GAAUUAUGUCUGACCACCAGUUUGGAAACCAGUUUAUGUGCAGUGUGGUUGCAUCCCAUGUGAGCCAUCUCCCGACUACAAACCUCAGCUUUGUUUGGAUUGCUCCACCUGCAGGGACAGGCUGUGUCAACUUCAUGGCUACAGCUACUCAUAGGGGCCAAGUUAUAUUCAAGGAUGCCUUAGCACAACAGCUGUGUGAACAGGGAGCCCCAACAGAAGCUCCCUUACAUCCUCACCUAGCUGAAAUGCACAGUGACAGCAUAAUCCUACGAGAUGACUUUGACUCUUACCAUCAGCAAGAAUUGAAUCCUACCAUGUGGUCUGAGUGCAGUAACUGUGAGGUUGGAGAGAACUGUGGUGUCAUCAUGCACAGCAAUGCUGUCACUUUCUGCGAGCCAUACGGUCCCAGAGAACUGACCACCACUGGCCUUAACACAACUACUGCGUCCGUCCUUCAAUUUUCCCUUGGAUCGGGUUCGUGUCGCUUUAGUUACUCCGAUCCCAGCAUCACUGUGUCCUACAGUAAGAACAGUUCUGCAGAUUGGACUCAGCUGGAGAAAAUUAGUGCCCCUUCCAACGUCAGCACAAUCAUCCACAUCUUGUACCUUCCUGAAGAUGCUAAAGGGGAGAACGUUCAUUUUCAGUGGAAACAGGAUUAUGUUCAUGCUGGUGAUGUGUAUGAAGCCUGUUGGGCAUUGGACAACAUUUUGAUCAUAAAUGCUGCUCACAGAAAAGUUGUGUUAGAAGAUAAUCUGGAUCCUGUGGAUACUGGCAACUGGCUUUUCUUUCCUGGGGCCACAGUUAAGCAUAGCUGCCAGUCGGAUGGGAACUCCAUCUACUUCCACGGGACCGAAGGCAGCGAGUUCAAUUUUGCCACGACCCGCGAUGUGGACCUCUCCAUGGAGGAUGCCCAGGAGCAGUGGGCAGAACAGUUUGAGAGCCAACCUAAAGGGUGGGACAUAUUUGGAGCUGUCAUUGGUACUGAGUGUGGGACACUGGAAUCUGGCUCAGCUAUGGUGUUUCUCAGAGAUGGAGAAAGAAAAAUAUGUACUCCAUACAUGGACACUACAGGUUAUGGGAACUUGAGAUUUUAUUUCAGUAUGGGGGGAACUUGUGAUUCUGGAGAAUCCCAUGAAAAUGAUGUUGUACUUUAUGCCAAGAUUGAAGGCAGGAGGGAACACAUACCUCUUGAUACCCUGACCUAUGCUGCUUACAAGGUUCCAUCUUUGGUUUCUGUUGUCAUUAGUCCAGACCUGCAGACUCCUGCAACCAAGUUUUGCCUGAAGCAAAAGAGUCACCAAGGUCACAACAAGAAUGUCUGGGCUGUGGAUUACUUCCACGUCCUUCCGGUGCUUCCUUCCACAGUGACUCACAUGAUCCAGUUUUCCAUCAAUUUGGGGUGUGGAACUUAUCAACCUGGUAACAGUGUCAGCUUGGAGUUUUCAACCAACCAUGGUCGCUCUUGGUCCCUGCUCCACACUGAGUGUUUGCCUGAGAUAUGUGCUGGACCUCACCUCCCCCACAGCACCAUUUAUGCCUCUGAAAACUACAGCGGGUGGAACAGAAUUACUAUUCCCCUUCCCAAUGCUGCAUUAACAAGUGACACCAGGAUUCGAUGGAGACAAACAGGACCAAUCCUUGGAAAUAUGUGGGCAAUCGAUAAUAUUUAUAUUGGUCCAUCUUGCCUCAAAUUCUGCUCAGGGCGAGGACAGUGUACUAGAAAUGGCUGCAAGUGUGACCCUGGGUUUUCAGGGCCAGCAUGUGAGAUGGCAUCACAGACCUUUCCUAUGUUCAUCUCGGAGAGCUUCGCCAGCUCUCGCCUCUCCUCCUACCACAGUUUUUACUCCAUCCGGGGGGCUGAGGUCAGCUUUGGCUGUGGAGUCCUGGCCAGUGGCAAGGCCCUGGUCUUCAACAAGGAUGGGAGGCGCCAGCUCAUCACCUCCUUCCUUGACAGCUCCCAGUCCAGGUUCCUGCAGUUCACACUACGCCUGGGCAGCAAGUCGGUGCUGAGUACCUGCAAAGCUCCUGACCAGCCUGGGGAGGGUGUGCUGCUGCACUACUCCUACGACAACGGGAUUACCUGGAAACUACUGGAACACUACUCUUAUCUCAACUACCACGAGCCAAGAAUAAUUUCAGUGGAGCUGCCUGAAGAUGCAAGGCAGGUUGGCAUCCAGUUCAGAUGGUGGCAACCGUAUCACUCUUCUCAAGGUGAAGAUGUGUGGGCAAUCGAUGAAAUCAUCAUGACCUCUGUGCUGUUCAACAGCAUCAGCCUGGACUUCACCAACCUAGUUGAAGUCACACAGUCUCUGGGAUUCUACCUGGGAAAUGUUCAGCCCUACUGUGGACAUGACUGGACUCUUUGUUUUACAGGAGAUUCCAAGUUAGCUUCUAGCAUGCGCUACGUGGAGACCCAGUCCAUGCAGAUUGGAGCUUCAUACAUGAUACAGUUCAACCUGGUGAUGGGCUGUGGUCAGGCAUUUACUCCUCACAUGGACAACCAGGUGAAACUGGAGUACUCCACCAACCACGGCCUCACGUGGCAUCUCGUUCAGGAGGAAUGCCUUCCCAGUAUGCCAAGCUGCCAGGAGUUUACAUCAGCAAGUAUUUACCACUCCAGCGAAUUUACUCAGUGGAGGAGAAUCACAGUUCUUUUACCACAGAAGACUUGGUCCAGUGCCACACGUUUCCGCUGGAGUCAGUGCUACUACACAGCCCAAGAUGAAUGGGCCUUAGACAACAUCUACAUUGGACAGCAGUGUCCCAACAUGUGCAGUGGCCAUGGCUGGUGUGACCACGGUGUUUGCAGGUGUGACUCAGGAUUUCAGGGUACUGAAUGUCAGCCUGAAAAUCCCCUUUCUUCAACCCUCAUGUCUGAUUUUGAGAACUCAGACACCCUGAAGACAGAGUGGCAGGAAAUUAUUGGGGGAGAGGUUGUCAAGCCUGAAGAAGGCUGUGGGGUCAUCUCAUCUGGCUCCUCACUCUACUUCAACAAGGCUGGAAAAAGACAGUUGGUAAGCUGGGAUUUGGACACAACAUGGGUGGAUUUUGUCCAGUUUUACAUCCAGAUAGGAGGAGACACUUCUUCAUGCAAUAAACCCGACAGCAGAGAAGAAGGUGUGCUGCUGCAGUACAGCAAUAACGGUGGCAUCAACUGGCAGCUACUAGCAGAAAUGUAUUUCUCUGACUUCAGCAAACCCAGGUUUGUCUAUCUGGAGCUGCCAGCUGCUGCCAAGACACCUUGCACCCGGUUCCGCUGGUGGCAGCCUGUGUUCUCAGGGGAGGAGUAUGACCAGUGGGCCAUCGAUGACAUUAUCAUUUUAUCAGAGAAGCAGAAGCACAUCAUUCCUGUUGUUAAUCCCACUUUACCACAGAACUUUUAUGAGAAACCAGCAUUUGAUUACCCUAUGAACCAGAUGAGUGUAUGGUUAAUGCUGGCCAAUGAAGGGAUGACCAAAAAUGAAAGCUUCUGCUCUGCCACCCCCUCUGCCAUGCUCUUUGGGAAAUCUGAUGGAGACCGUUUUGCAGUGACUCGAGACCUAACUCUGAAGCCUGGAUAUGUCCUCCAGUUCAAGUUGAACAUUGGUUGCACCAACCAGUACAGCAGCUCUGCUCCCGUUCUGCUGCAGUACUCCCAUGAUGCUGGGCUCUUCUGGUCACUCGUGAAGGAGGGCUGCUACCCUGCCUCUCCAGGCACCAAAGGCUGUGAGGGAAGCUCCAGGGAGCUGAGUGAGCCCACUGUGUAUCACACAGGAGACUUUGAGGACUGGACUAGAAUCACUAUUGUCAUCCCCAGGUCACUUGCAGCCAGUAAAAGGCACUUCAGANNNAUCCAGGAGAGCAGCUCCCACAAGAGUGUACCUCCUUUUGGCUUAGAUGGUGUCUACAUUUCUGAGCCUUGUCCCAACUACUGCAAUGGACAUGGGGACUGCGUCUCUGGGGUCUGCUUCUGUGACCUGGGCUACACAGCAUCGCACGGAACCUGUGUGUCUAAUGUGCCUAAUCACAGUGAGAUGUUCGACAGGUUUGAGAGGAAGCUAAGCCCUCUCUGGUACAAGAUAACAGGAGGUCAGGUUGGGACAGGCUGUGGUGUGCUCAGUGAUGGAAAAUCCCUGUACUUCAAUGGACCUGGCAAGAGGGAGGCGAGGACUGUUCCCCUGGACACCACAAAUAUCAGGCUGGUUCAGUUUUAUGUACAAAUUGGAAGCAAGACUGUUGGUAACUCCUGCAACAGACCAAGAGCCAGGAAUGAAG